AAGAAGAAGAAGAAUUAGUGUGAAUUUUGUUUUGCAAAAUUAUGAGAUCAUUUAUUUUCCUUAAAAGUGAACAUAUUUUUAGCGACAGGUAAACUCAUUCAGUUUCUCUGCGUUUAAUUUCAAUCCAGUGUGAGUGAGUAUCUUUAGCUAUGUGUGGGAUUUAAUUGCGUUUUCCGUGAUUUUUCAUUCAAUGACAAAAUAAGAAUUUUUCGCGAAUGAUCUGUCAUGUUUGUGUGGAAAAAUCAUGAAGAAAAUUUAAAACGUAAAUUAUCAUUUUCUCUGCGAAAGUGAAAAGUUUUUCCUGCUAAUUACUUCUUAACAUGAAGGGUUUUUCGUGGAAAAUUUACUUUCAUCUUUAGUAAGGCGCAAAAGUGAAAAUAAUUGACAUAUUUGGACGGCAUUGAAGACGCGCGUUUCUGCUUCAUUUUUCAAGGGAACUCCGAGUAAUUCAUGGUCAUCCAAUGGGGUCAAAUAACUUUCCGGGAGCGAUGAUGAAGCAGCAGAUGGUGUAUGAAUUCAUAACAGAGACUGGGGCAUCACAGCCAGAUGCCCUGAGUUGCUUGAGCACCUGGAAUUGGGACUUCCAGAAGGCUCUCAUUGACUAUAGAGACACCUCAACAAGGGAAUAUCUCAGCGAGAAACGCACGGAGGAGAUUACUCCUAGUUUCUGGAGCACAGAAGACACGGAGAAACUCCUUCCGGCAGCCACCACAGCAAGUGAUAUCAGUCAAAAUAAAAAACUCGCGAGGCGAAUCUCAAGGGCUGACGACAACGUGAGCCUCGUGUCCCAGGCUCGUGGGGAAUUUUCGCGUGAUUCAACCAAAGAUUGUAUUUCAAAGAGACCAUGUGAACGCCUCGAUCCUGCAGACUACACCUUCUCCCUCCCAGACUUGUUUGUCUACCCAGAUAAUUUUAGGCGCUUCCUUGAGAGAGAUUUAAUAGAAAACUCAACACUAGUCGCUCUAGAACAGGCCCACAGACUCAAUUGGUGGACGAAUCUGGAGGGUUGCACCAAAAUGUGGCCUCUUUCAACGACAGGCGAUGGGAAUUGCCUUCUACAUGCCGCCUCAUUGGCCAUUUGGGGCUUCCACGAUCGCAAACUUUCCCUGCGAUCGGAACUAUUUCACGUGAUGUCCUCCCCUACGCUGGGGGAGGCAUUUGAGCGACGUUGGCGCUUCCAACAGACGCGAAUUAACAAAAGUGCUGGGUUUGUCUUCUCCGACGCUGAAUGGCGCAAGGAGUGGGAAGCUAUUGUCUUGAUGGCAUCCCCAGAGCCACGAGAAGUGUCCACAGCAACGAAUCUCCGGCGUUAUUCCUUUCCCAUCGACCGGAAAUUCGAUGGGGCCCUUGAGGGGAAUGCAGCAGCUGUGUAUGAGAGUCUCGAGGAGAUUCAUGUACUUGUGCUGGCUCAUGUGCUCAGGAGGACGAUUAUUGUUAUAGCCGACACAGUGCUGAGGGAUCUGAAUGGCGAAGCAAUGGCUCCAAUUCCAUUCGGUGGGAUCUACAUGCCGCUGGAGGUGAAUCCCAAUGAAUGCCAGCGUGAGCCAUUGAUCCUUGCCUACGAUAUGGCUCACUUUUCAGCUCUCGUUCGCAUGGACACAAAGGGAGAUCGUCCGAAUUUCCUUGUUCCCCUCACAGAUAACACCCACAGCCUCCUUCCCAUUCAGUUUGGCAUUGAUCCCGGGAGGGAUUUCGAUUGGACGGGGUAUGAUGGCACUGAGGGGAACUACAGACUGACGGAGCAGGAAAAGAUUGCCCUUCUGAGUGAAUACAUGAACGUCGUGACGGUGCGAAGUCGCGCCAAUUCCGACGAUACAAUCUACAGAGAUUGGAUUGAGGAGGAUGCACUGGAGAAGGAGAUCAAUGACAUUGAGAUCACCUUGGCCAUUGAUGAGACUGAUCAGCCAAAGAUAAGUGAGCCGGGGGCACGGGAGAAGAACCCGGCUGGGAAGCAAUUGAAUAGUGUGGCAAAGCAAUUUGGGAGUAUUGGGAAGAAUAUGAGUAAGAAAAUAAAGAAGAAUAUUGAGAGUUUCACAAAGAUGGGAGGUGGGAGUAAGCACAGUGCGGCGAAGAAGUUCCCCACAGGUGCUGGGGACCCAUUCAAUGGUCACACAACGCGUACAACGGUGGUUUGUGCGCAAAUUCGUGUGAAACAUCAUGAAUUCUAUGAGGCAAUGAUUAAAAACUACCUCGAAUGUGCCCAAGAGAGAUUUGUGGAGUGUGAGCUGAAGGAUGAUGGGAAAAAUGGCUCAGGGGGUGGGCCAGCACCACCCACAGAGAUAAAUGGGGGUGACUACAUGGUGAAUUGUAUAUCGGAUGGCUGUGUGAAAUUUGGCACAGUGGAUACGAGCUACCUCUGCCCGGAAUGCUAUGAGAAUCAGAAGCAGCGAGAAUUCAAUUGCUCCUACUUCGACCAAGUGCCACGCUACGGGACGGGAAAUUCCAAAUUCUACACGCAAGCCGAUAUGGAGAGUCACAAGAAGAUAACACGCAUCCCAUCCGUAAAGCGACUCAAUGAACUCGAUCAAACCAUUUAUCUCUCCAAUUCCACCUUUUUCAAUGACAAACUAGCUCCCAAUGAUGCGGAAAUGUACAUAAAAGUACGCCAAGAGGGGCUACGUGACAAGACACAGGCAAUUCUCGUGGCCAAGGAGAAUCGAAGGCAGAAAAUUGCAUCGAUCUACGAUAAUUUGUGUCCGGAAGAUUGUGACUUUCAGUACUGCACCAAAUGCACCGAUAUGCGUCAUCGAAGCAAGGAAGUUCCCGACAUAUCGCUGUAAGUCAACCCUAUCUAAUCUACCCCUGUAAACACCCACCCCUGCUAAUCAAAAAAGAAA